UCGUGGCAUUUGCAGACGCGCGUCGACAUCUGGGGGGGUAAUAGGAACGAGAUGCGAGCGACGUGAAUUAGAUUUGUGUUGCUAUGGUGGCCGUCCUCAGCCAUCAAAAUCUAAGCGUCGAUGCCUCAGUAUAAGUCUUGGUCUCUAUUCCCUUGCAGGUCCAACGUUCUUCACCAUUCAAGCCUUUCAAGUCAUAACCGGAGCUGCUGUAUUUAGUGUCUUCUUUCCACAGUCGUUUAUAGCGAUUCCAUUUAUUCAUUCCAAGAACAAACCCCAUAUACAAGAUGAGGUCUGCAUUGCCACUCGUUUUCGCCACUGCCGUGGCAGCCACCGACUACCAGUCCUACCGGUCGUUGUAUGGCUCGCUUUACAGCUCAGUUUGGCAGAGCUACUCUGCCUCAUUCUCCAACUGUGUCGUCAACGUAGCCGGCUCAACCUACUACAUCGGCACCGACCAGGGAUGUACCGUUACGUCGACAACCGAGGCCAGCAGCGCUUACUCAACCGCUACGUCGACAACCGAGGCCAGCAGCGCUUACUCGACCGAUGCUGCCUCUGGCUCUGGCUCUAGCUCAUAUGAGACGGUCACAGCCACCUCGUACAUCUACGCUACCGCCAGCAGCUACCCCUACUCAUCCGCCGGAACUUACACCGUCAGCGCUCCCUCGUACACCACGACAUACACCGUCAGCCCCACCAGUGGCGCCUCCUCCAACGAGGCCGUCGGCACCAGCUACGCUGAAUCGUCCGACGCCGGCUCCUCUUACGCUGCCAGCGGCUCCGAAUCAUCUUAUGCCGCCUACUCCAGCAGCGCCGCUGCCAACAGCUACGGCACUGGGUCCGCCAGCUCGUCUGCUGGCGCUGCUAGCGUCUCCUCCGAGUCCCCUCUCUACCCUAAGCCCUCGACCACCAAGGGUGCUAGCACCACGACCGUGGUCCCCGUUGCCACUGCUGGUGCGGCGACUCACGGGCCCAUGCUUGCCCUUGUAGGCGCAGCUGUGGCCCUUUUCUUCUAGAGUGAGGCAGUUGGUCGAAACAACUACAUGUUGCUUGCCGUGCUAGGGUAUCUCGGAAAAAUAAGAAAAGGGGUUAGAAAGGUUAGAAAACAUGGGGGGUAAGCUGGCGUUU